AUGGCCGUCGCAGAUAUUCGCUUCAAGCUUAACACCGGUGCCGAGAUCCCUGCCCUGGGUCUGGGAACCUGGCAAUCCGCCCCUGGAGAAGUUGCUCGUGCCGUGAGCCACGCCAUCAAGGUUGGCUACCGCCACAUUGACACAGCUCUCUGCUACGGUAAUGAGCACGAGGUUGGCCAGGGUAUCAAAGAGGCCAUUGAUGCCGGCAUCGUCAAGCGUGAGGAGUUGUUCAUCACUACCAAGCUCUGGUGCUCCUUCCACGCCCGUGUCGAGGAGGGUCUGGAGGAGAGUCUGAAAAACCUGGGUCUGGACUACCUGGACUUGUACCUGAUGCAUUGGCCUCUGGCAAUGAACCCCAAGGGCAACCACCCCAUCUUCCCCAAGCUCGCGGAUGGCUCUCGGGACAUUGACCACAGCCACUCCCACGUGACUACCUGGAAGAGCAUGGAGAAGCUCGUUGGCUCUGGCAAGGUCAAGGCAAUCGGUGUCUCCAACUGCAGUGUCCCGUACCUCGAGGCGCUCCUGGCCGAGGCCACCAUAAUCCCCGCUGCCAACCAGAUCGAGAACCACCCUUCUCUGCCCCAGCAGGAGAUUGUCGACUUCUGCAACCAGAAGGGCAUUCAUAUUACCGCUUACAGCCCUCUGGGUAGUACCGGUAGCCCGCUUUUCACUGCUGAGCCUAUCGUGGCCGUUGCGAAGAAGCGUGGCGUUACCCCUGCUACUGUUCUGCUGAGCUGGCACAUUGCUCGUGGCUCUUCGGUCCUGGCCAAGUCCGUCACUCCUUCCCGCAUCGAGGCCAACCGCGCCGACCUGAUUAAGCUGGACGCCGAGGAUGUCGCCACUAUCAAGAAGUACUCUGAUUCUCUGGCAGCCACCAAGUCCUUCCAGCGUUUCGUCUUCCCUCCCUUUGGCAAGGACUUCGGUUUCCCCGAUAAGCAGUAA